AUGGGCUCCCAUCCCGCGGUUACGGAACAUGAUGUCACGAUCACUUCUUUCGAUGUCGUGGACUUGCGCUUUCCUACGAGCCUGGAUGGAGUUGGUUCGGACGCCAUGCACGUAGGGACGAACGGCUCGCAUCCAUACGUUCAGCUCAAGACAAACCAUGGAGACUUGAUAGGCGAGGGCAUUGCGUUCAGUAAUGGGCGUGGCAGCGAGCUGGUCUGCAUGGCACUUGACAUCUUCGCGCGUCGGGUAGUUGGAAAGACAAUGCACGAGCUAACGCGCAACAUGGGGAAGACCUGGCGAUACAUGGUGUCUGAUUCACAAUACCGAUGGAUUGGGCCCGAAAAGAGUGUCACUCAUCUGGCUGUUGCCGGAGUCCUCAACGCGGUCUGGGAUCUGUGGGGUAAGAUCCUCGGCAAGCCGGUCUGGAAGAUUGUCUGUGACAUGAGCCCCGAGGAGAUCGUUGGAUGUAUUGACUUUCGGUAUAUCACCGAUGCUAUUACUCCCGAGGAAAGUAUCGAGAUGCUGAAGACGACACAGAAGGGCAAGGAGGGUCGCUUGCAGGAAGCCGUGGAGAAUCGAGCAGUCCCGGCAUACACGACAUCUCCGGGGUGGAUGGCUUUCUCUGGAAAUCGUAUGCGGGAGGUGUUACAAGAGACGAUUGCCGCUGGAUACACGACAUUCAAGUUCAAGGUGGGCACCAGUAUCGAGGCCGACCGGGAAAGGCUAUCGGCAGUCAGAGAGGUCCUGGGCUACGACCAAGGACAUCAGAUCAUGAUUGAUGCAAACCAGGUCUGGAGUGUUCCUCAAGCAAUUGAUUAUAUGAAGCAGCUGGUGGAAUUCAAACCAGUGUUCAUUGAAGAGCCUACCAACCCCGAUGACGUUUUGGGGCACGCUGCUAUCCGCAAGGCCCUGAAACCCUAUGGGGUCGGAGUCGCAACAGGCGAGGCCGCACAGAAUCGAGUGACUUUCAAACAGCUUCUUCAAGCCGAAGCUACCGACGUCUGCCAGAUCGAUGCCGUUCGGCUGGGGAGCGUGAACGAAUGCUUGGCCGUGAUGCUGAUGGCGCUGAAAUUCGACAUCCCCUGCGUGCCACAUAAUGGAGCCAUGGGUUUGACCGAGCUGACCUCGCACCUGAGCACUAUCGACUAUAUCGCCAUCAGCGGCCGCAAGUCGAUGCUCGAGAAUGCCGAUAGUCAUCGAGAGAAUCUGCGCCAUCCUUCCCAGGUGGAGAAUGCACAUUAUGUCACUCCCCUGGCACCGGGCUAUUCGACCGGAUAUACCGAUGUGGCAUUGGAGAAGUAUACAUAUCCGACGGGGAGUUUCUGGAGCAGUGAUCUGGGACAAAAAAUCAUUGCUCAGCCCACAGGGGGAGAGUUGUGA